AUGAGUUAAAAGAGAUUGCCUUCGGUAUUUGAAAUAUUUUAUAUUAAGGGCAAAUAAGAUAGACACAUUUAGGCAAUAAAGAAAUAUUAAGAAUAUGAAAAUAGUAAGACAAGUUAAGCUAAAUUGAAUGACAUGAUAAAAGUGAAUUGAAAUUUAAUUAUUAGGGGACAAAAACAAUUUAAUUAUUACCAAAGCCAGGAGAGUUUGUAACAGUAGCAUCAGACAAAUAAUCAAAUUAAUAGCCAUAUAUGGAUAUUCCAAUAAAGGAUUUAUUAGAUGGCACUAAAACAUUUACAGAAUUGAAACUGCAAAGCAUAGAAAGAUAGGCUUAGAGAUAGAUGAAGAAACCUAGGGAAAAGGAUAGAUUUGAUGAAGGAGUUUUGAGAAGAGAUGAUUUGAAACCACCAUAAAGUGAAUUAGAUGAAGUAUUGAUAUAUGUAAUAAAAUUAAGUUUGGAGUGGAAAGAGGAGUCUAACCAAAAUUCACUUAAAACAUAAGAGAAAUUAUGAAAAAUUAGCAUAAAGAGAUGUUGGCUCCUGCUGAAUAAUUGAUUAAAGAUUUAUAAGAGAAAAGAUUACCUUAAAUAUAACAUUCCCAUUCUUAAAAGAUUGUUCGUCCAAUAUCAGCAAAUUUUGUAAUUAAGGCAUUGAACAUUGGAGAAGAGAAGUUAGAAAAUUCUAAAGGAAUAUAAUAAUAGUUAUUUAGGACUAAAAGAAGUUAAUUAUAAUCUGCAAAGCCUAGAAAUUUGUAUAUGCCCUAUUUUCCAGAAGAAAUUAAACAUUUGACUGGAUAUCAAACUAUUAAAUUGAAAGCUGAUGAUUUUAUAUAAACAUACACAGAGGAAUAUAUGAAAGAAAAAGAAGAAAAGAUGUUGAAGAAACACUUUUAAGUUUCUGCUGUUGAUCCAAGAUUACAAUCACCUUAUAUGAGAGUAAUAAUAUUAUUAAUAAUAAUAGGUUAAUCCUAAUACAGAAUAAAUCAUUAGAGAAAAGCAGGAUGAAUUAGGAGAAUUAGAAUUAACUAAAUAUAGGGAAAGAUUAUUUAUGGCAUAACCUUAUGAAAUGAAAUAAAUAUUUUUACCUUUAGAUUACUAUUAUAUGGAGGAUGAGACAGGUGAUGAGUUAAUUGAAUAAUAUAAGGAGAAAGAUGGUAAAUGUUUUGGAUUUUCAAAAUGGUUUGAUACAAGUGGAAAUUUUACUUGGGAGGAAUGUUUAAUUGAAAAAUAUAUAUAUGAUACUGAUAUGUAUGAGAUAAGAUUUAUAAAAUACAAUAAGACUAAAUAGGUAACAAGAGUUAAUCUUAGAUUUAAAAGAGAAUGUGAAGCUUAUUUUAAUCAAUAAUUGGAGAUAGCAGAUUAUUAUAGAAAAAGAAGUGAAGUGUUUAUUAAGUAUAAUUAUAUGAUAGAUAAAAUGGAUGAUCCAACUUCAUAGAUCUAAGAAGAUUAAUUAAUGAGAAUACAAUUAUUUGCAAUGGGAAUUUAUUUUAAAUUGGGAUCUAUUAGAGAUCCUAUUGCAUUUUAUAAAUUAGAUCCAUCAAUUAAAUUUAAUUUUAAAAGAUAUUUAAUUCCAAAAUAAUUAAGUAGAAUAGAUUUAUGUCCAAAAGAAUUAUGUAAGAUGAAGAAAUAUAGAUAUGAUUUAUUGAUUGAACUUUCAGAAGAAGUUAAAAAACAAUUUAUUAGAGCAAAUCAUGAAAUUUAAUUUAAAAGAAUGUUGCCUUAUCAUGAAGAAAAGAAAGCCAUCUUUAAAGGCUAUUUACCUGAAGAAUUUUUUGAACCAAAAUAUGUAGAAGCUAGAUUUCCAUCCUAUGGUAUAGGGUAACAAAAGUUCAUUGAAUUGUUUACAUAAAUGAAAAAGAAUCUCCAUUAAGCUGUUUAAGAGAAAAAUAAGGCUUUAUAAGAUGCUAACAUUAAUUUAAUUAAGUUGGAAGAAUAACACCUAUUUUGUCAAAACUAUCUUGAACCUUAAGAUCUUCAUGAAUUAGAUAAGGAUAUGAAAUUUAAAAUUGGUGAUGCUAUCAGAGAUUUAAAAACUAGAAUGUAUGAUGUACAUUAUUUAAUUAUGGAAAUGAUCGAGGUUGAAGUUAAACAACUUAAAGUAAUAGAAGAGGAAAGAUUAAGAUUAAUUGUUCUUGAAGCUGAAAGACUUAAAAUUUAAGAACAGGGUUUAAUGAGUGAGACACUAAAACUAUUAUAAUAGUUUUAAAAAUUGAUUAAUAUUAAAUUUGAACGAUCUGGAUUAGAAAUGUGGUAAAGAAGCAUAACAAGAUUUAUAUCAUAUAUUAAAAUCGAUGUUGAUCCAAAUGUACCUCCUUUACAAUAAAUUUAUCAAUAUGCAAAAGAUAGAGAAUAUAGAAUCUUUAAUGAUAAUUUACUAAUCAAUAUAGAAAUCAAAAUAUAAGGUCUUUAAUUGAUUCUUGAACCUAAUCCUGAAGAAAUUAAGAGAUCAUUAAAUAAUUAUGUUUGGUUAGCAAUCAAAGAAUUGACUACUGUACCUUGUAUGAGAAGUAGAGAAAUAGAAUCAGCAAGAGAAGAUAUGAUUAUGCAUAUUUUUACUGGCAUAGAUGAUAUUGAAAUACUAAAUAAUAAAUAAAUUGUUCAAUAAUAUUUAGAUUUAAAUUUUAAUCUGUUUAAUGUAUACUUUGAGAAAUUAAAUGAAUUUGAAUCUAUUUUGGAUUAUGAUAUUGAAAAGAGAUUAAAGAAAGGAUCUUUUGAAGAAUAUGCUAAGGAGUUAGAGAAAUUAAUUAUGAUUAGAGAAGAUAUGUAAAAAUAUAUGUUUAAAAAAAAAUUGAAAUUAGGAUUUUAUUAUUUGAAUGUAGAACAAUAUUAAUAAUUAUGUGAGGAUAGAUUAAAGAAAGCCUCUGAUAGUUUGUAUGAAAAUUUAAUUUAAAAGAUUACUAAAGAAAAUUUAAAGAUUGAAGGUGAGAUUAAAUAAAUGAUAUAAAAAUUAACAGAGGAGCCUAAAAAUCUAGAAGAAAUGGAUGCUUUGAGAACAUAUGCUAAAGAUUAAUUGAAAGAGGAACUAAUGAUAAUGAGUAAGAAAAUAAAUAAAGUAAUGGAAAAGAUGACUUUAAUGGAGAAGAUGAAUUAUAAGAUAAGUUAUUAGAAUUUUGAAAAGACUUGGAAUAUUUAUGGUAUGCCAUUAAAAUUGAUGAGAAAACAAGAAAAAUGUUUGAAAAGAUUGUAAAACAAUGAAAAGAAAUUCUAAGAAGAUUUGAUGACAUAAUAGGGAGAGUUGAUUGGGGAAAUAAAUUAUAUUAGUAAAGAAUUAAAUGAAUUGAUUAAUGAAGAAGAUAUUCAUUAAAUAAAUUAAAUAGCGAAUAGGUUUGCAGAUUUAGGGGAGAAGAUGGAAAGAGCAAUAGAAGAGGCAGAGAUAAUUAAUAGGAGAGAAGCUAUAUUGAAAUGGAAAUUGACUGAUUAUUAAGAAGUAGAUAAAAUUAAGAAACUAUUCACUCCAUAUUAUAAAGUAUGGGCAUUGGGUAGAGAUUAUUAUUUUAAAAUUCCACCAGCUUUGAGUGGACCAUUAAUAAAUAUAGACAGAGAUUAAUUAACUUAGGAUGUAACAGAGGCAUGGACUGAGUUAUUUAAAUUAGAGAAAACUAUAUUUAAAAUAAUCCCUCAUAUGUAUUAAGUUACUAUGGCUAUAAGAAAAUUGUAUGAAGAUUUCAAACCUUAUUUACCAUUAAUUAAUGAUUUAAGAAAUCCAGCUUUAAAGAAAUAGCAUUGGGCUAGUUUAACAUCAUUAUUAAAAUUAGAUGAUGAUCCUAAUUUCUCAUUAAAUACUCUAUUAGAAAAAGGAGUGAUGGAUUUGAAGGAGGAGAUAAGAGAAAUAAGUGAAACUGCAUCUAAAUAGAGUUCAUUUGAAAGAUCAAUAAAUAAGAUGAAGAGUGAAUGGAAGAAUAUUAAAUUUGAAUUAAUUUUAUUUAGAGAUACUGAGACAUACAUAUUAAAAAGUGUUGAGCCUAUUUUAGAUAAAUUAGAUGAAGAUAUAACUAAGAUGAUAAGUAUAGCAAGUUCUCCAUUUGUGGCAUUUUUAUUACAGGAAGUAAAUUCUUGGAAAGCCUAAUUAUUUAGAGCAUAAGAGAUGAUUGAAUUAUGGUGUAAAACACAAAAAUCAUGGUAGUACUUAUAACCAAUCUUUUAUUCUGAAGAUAUUAUAAGAGAAAUGCCUAAAGAAGGUAAUAAAUAUUCAGUAGUUGAUAAAAUGUGGAGAGCAUUAAUGUUAGCUACAUUCUAAUAACCCUUAGUAAUGGAAGCAUGUUUCCAAAAUAGAAUGAAAGAGAACUUUGUAUUUAUGAUUGAAUAAUUGGAUUAAGUGAUUAAAAGUUUAAAUGAUUUUUUAAAUAAAAAGAGAACUGCUUUUCCUAGAUUCUUCUUUUUAUCUAAUGAGGAACUUCUAUAGAUAUUAGCAUAAGCAAGAGAACCUAGAGCUGUACAAAGACAUUUAUAGAAAUGCUUUGAAGGGAUAAAUGAAAUUACUUUUUAAGAAAAUAUGUUGAUAACUCAUAUGAUUAGUAGCUCAUAAGAAAUAAUAAAGUUGAUAACUGAUGUUAAUCCAUUAAAUUCAGAGCAAGCAGUAAGAGGAGUUGAAGAUUGGUUAUAUGAAGUGUAAUAGUCUAUGAAAUUAACAAUUAAAACUUUGAUUCCUUAAAGUGUUUAAAUAGUUUCUACUAAUACAUUAGAUAAAUCUAUAGUGUAGAUUCCUGCUUAAUUAUGUGUUUUAGCUCAUGAGAUAAUAUUUACUAAUAUGGUUACUUAAUUUAUUACUGAUUAUGAAAAGGAUGCAACUUCUAUUGAUAAAUGCAUUUAAUAAGCUAAUAAAGUAUUGAUGAGUACAGUUUAAUUAUUGCAUCAUGAAAUAUCAAAUGAAAAUCAUUUAUAAGCAUUGGGUGUUUUAAUAGUUUUAUAAGUUAAAUAAAAGGAUAUAACAUAGGAAUUAAAAAGUAAGAAUGUAAGAAGAGUGGAUGAUUUUGAAUGGAUGUCAUAAUUAAGAUAUUAUUUGGAAAAAGAUGUAAUUGUUAAAAUGCUUCAUACUUAAAGGAUUUAUGGUUAUGAAUAUUUGGGUAAUUAAUCAAGAUUGGUUAUUACACCAUUGACUGAUAGAUGUUAUAGGACAUUGAUGGCAGCAUUACAUAUGAAUUUAGGUGGUGCUCCUGAAGGUCCAGCAGGUACAGGAAAGACUGAAACAACAAAAGAUUUAGCUAAAGCAAUGGCCAAACAUUGUGUUGUGUUUAAUUGUUCAGAUUCAUUAGAUUAUUUAGCAAUGGGAAAGUUCUUUAAAGGAUUAGUGAGUUGUGGUUCAUGGGCAUGUUUUGAUGAGUUCAAUAGAAUUGAAUUAGAAGUUCUUUCAGUUAUAGCAUAAUAGAUCUUAGUAAUAUAAACAGCUAUAGUAAGAGACAAUUCAUAGAAAGUUCCUUCUAGAGUGUUUUAAUUUGAAGGACAAUAAUUAACAUUGGAUUCAACUUGUGCAAUAUUUAUAACAAUGAAUCCUGGAUAUUAAGGAAGAAGUGAAUUACCAGAUAAUUUAAAGGCUUUAUUUAGAAGUGUUGCUAUGAUGAUUCCAAAUUAUGCUAUGAUUACAGAAAUAUCUUUGUAUUCUUAUGGAUUCACAGAAGCUAGAGAAUUAAGUAUUAAAAUAACAACAUCUUUGAAAUUGGCAUCUGAAUAAUUAUCUACUUAAUCUCAUUAUGAUUUUGGAAUGAGAGCAGUAAAAUCAAUUAUUUUAGCUGCAGGUAAAUUAAAAAGAGAAACAAAUACAAGUGAUGAAAUCAUAGUAUUAAGAGCUAUUGAAGAUUGCAAUUUGCCAAAAUUUACAUAAAAAGAUGUACCAUUAUUCAAAGCAAUAAUUUCGGAUUUAUUCCCAGAUAUUUAACCAGAAGAGAGACAAUAUGGUGAAUUGGGUAAAUUGAUAAUGUAAUAAAUUGAAUCUAUGAGUCUUACUUAUAAUGAUAGAUUUUAUACAAAGAUUAUUUAAUUAUAUGAAACAGUGAAUGUAAGACAUGGUUUAAUGGUUGUAGGUGGUACAAUAUCUGGAAAAACAACAAUAAUUAAUAUUUUAUCAAAAAGUUUACAAACUCAUAUUUAUGGAUUGAAUCCAAAAUCAAUAACAUCAAAACUAUUAUAUGGAGAUGUUGAUAUGGCAACAAAUGAAUGGUAAGAUGGAAUUACUGCUGUGAUUUUUAGAGAAUGUAUUGAGAAAGAAGGUAAGAACUGGGUAUUGUUUGAUGGUCCUGUUGAUGCAUUAUGGAUUGAAAAUAUGAAUACUGUUUUAGAUGAUAAUAAGAAGUUAUGUUUGACAAAUGGUGAAACUAUAAAAUUAACAGAGUAGAUGAGAAUUAUUUUUGAAGUAGAGGAUUUAGCUGAAGCAUCUCCUGCCACAGUUAGUCGUUGUGGUAUGGUUUAUUUAGAACCUUAAGAGAUUGGAUGGUAAUCAUUAAUAUAAGUAUGGAAAAGUCAUUUGACUCCUAAUUUUUAGGAACCAUAAUAUGUAGAAUUAUUUCAUUAAUUAUAUUAAUAAUUAGAAGAUGUCUUUGAAGAGAUUAAAUAUAAAUAAUUAAUUUAUACAGCAUCAUAAGAAUUAUUAGCCUCUAGUUGUUUAAAAUUAUUUUUUGCUUUUCUUUUAAAGAAUAAAACUAAAGAUUAAUUGCUAUCUGAUAUUGAAAUGGAAAAUCUUAAGGAAUAGUCAAGAUUAAGAGCUUUGUAAAUGGAAGGUAAAGAAAUUAAUAAUGUAAAGAAGAUUAAGUAAUUAAAUGAUAAAGAGAAAUUUGAAGUCAUAAGUUUCUUUUUUAUUUCAGUUGUAUGGUCUAUUGGAACUAUGUUGGAUGUAAAUUAUAGAAAAUAAUUCAAUCAAUUGAUUCGAUAAAAAUUAGAAUCUAAUUUGGAGGCAAAUUAAUAACCACCAAAAGAAUUAUCUGUUUAUGAAAUAUAUUUUGAUGUAGAUAAAAAAAAUUGGUUGAUGUGGAAUCAAAAAUUAGAUUUCCAUAUUCCAAAAGGAACAGCUUUUCAUGAAAUCUAUGUACCAACUGCAGAAUCUGCAAGUGUUUAAGGUUUAUUAAGAGUAUUUUUAAAUAAAUAGUUACCUGUUUUAUUAUAUGGAAGAACAGGAACUGGGAAAACAAUGUUAAUAAAGAAAGUAUUAUUAGAUGAAUUAGAUUAAAGUAAAUUCAUUCCAACAAUAACAGCAUUUUCUGCUACUACUAAUAGUGGAUAAGUGUAAGAUAUUUUAGAAUCAAAAUUGGAAAAAUAGAAAAGAAGAAAAGGUAUUUAUGGACCUGAGAUUGGUAAAUGUAAUAUAAUUUAUAUUGAUGAUUUGAAUAUGCCAUAAAAAGAAUAAUUUGGAGCAUAACCACCACUUGAAUUAAUUAGAUAAUGGUUUAUUUAAUAAGGAUGGUAUGAUAAAAAGUCAUUAGAAUUUAAGACUAUUAUGGAUAUUUAGUUUUGUGCAGCUAUGGGAUUUGGAAGACCUAAUAUACCUUAAAGAUUGGUUAGACAUUUUAAUAUGAUUUAUGUAUUAUCUUCAUCAGAUGAUGCAAUGAAAUAUAUUUUAUCUAAAUUUUUUGAAUAUGGAUUUGAUGAAUAUGUUGAUAAAGUGAAAUUUGUAUCAAAAUAAUUACCAAGUUUAUGUUUGAAAGUAUAUAAAGAAGUUAGUUAAAGAUUUUUACCAUUGCCAUCAAGAUCACAUUAUUUAUUUAAUUUAAGAGAUUUAAUUAAAGUAGUUAGAGGAUUAUUGAUGGUACCUAGUAGUAAAUAUGAUGCAACUGGAGAUGCCAAAUAAAAAUUAUUAAAAUUAUGGGCUCAUGAAAAUAAAAGAGUAUUCUCAGAUAGAUUAGUAGAUGAAAAAGAUCAUAAAGAAUUUGAAUAGAUUUUAAUAGAGAUCUUAGAUGAAGAUUGUGCUCUUAAAUACUCUGAUAUUAUAGGAUCAUCAUGUAGAUAUGGUAAUUGGUUAGAACCUCAUACUCUUUAUAAAACAUAUGUUGAAUUAGAUGAUAAUAAUAAAGUUAUGGAAGUUUUAAAUGAAUACAUUAGUGAAUUCAAUGAUUUUUAUCCUAAAUUAAAAUUAAAUAUUGUUUUAUUUGAAGAUGCUAUAGAAUUUAUAUGUAAAAUUAAUCGAAUUAUCAGUUAACCUUUUGGAAAUGCAUUGUUAAUAGGUUUAGGAGGAACUGGAUGUAGAACUUUAUCAAGAUUGAGUGCUUUUAUGUAAGAUUUCAAAAUAGGAGAAUUAGAUUUUGAUAAAGAUUUAUUGGAAUGGUAUGAAUUUUGGAGAGAAAUGUUCAAAAAUUUAUCAAUUAAAAAUGAUAAAAGUAUUUUCUUAUUAUCAGAUCAAUAAAUAAUUACUGAAGUAGUAUUAGAAGAUAUCAACAACAUUUUGAAUAUUGGAGAAAUCAUUAAUCUUUAUAAUUAUGAUGAUAAAGAGAAUCUAUUAAGUGAUUUCAAAGAGAAUUUAUAAAAGGAUAGAGAAACAAGAAUUUAAGGAAAUAUUAGUAUGUUAUAAUUAUGGGAAUUAUUUGUAAAAUAAUGUAAAGCUAAUUUACAUUUAAUUAUUUACUUAAGUCCAGUUGGUGAUAAAUUAAAAACUAGACUUAGAAAUUUCCCAUCUCUUGUUUCUUGUACAUCUAUAUUAUGGAUGGAAAGUUGGUCAUAAUAAGCAUUGUAAUAAGUUGCAGAACAUUUAUUACCUGAAUCUAGUAUUGCUUAAGCUUGUGUUGGAAUACAUCAUGCUGUUGAAUCCAUUACUGAAGUAUAUUUAUAAAGAACUGGAUAUCAUUAUUAUGUAACACCAUUAUCUUAUAUAUAAUUAUUGAAUAGUUUCUAAUCUAUGUAUAAUUAAUAUUCAAACUCUAUUCAAUAAAAAAGAGAUACUUAUAUUAAUGGUGUGAAGAUGUUAGAUGAAUGUGGUUUGGUUGUGGAUAAAAUGAAAGAAGAACUUGAAGCCUUAUAACCUAUUUUGGUUUAGAAAACUCAUGAAACAGAUUAAAUAAUGAAAAAAGUUGAAUAAGAAACUGCUAUUGCAGAAGAUUAAAGAAUGAAGGUCAAAGAAGAUGAAAUUGAAACAGCUAAAAAGGCAGAAAUAGCAUAAAAUAUAUCUAAUUAGUGUUAAGAGAGGUUGAGUGAAGCAGAACCACAAUUAGAGGCUGCAAUCAAAGCUCUUAAGACACUUAAAAUAUCAGAUUUUGUUGAAAUGAAAGCAUUGAAAAAUCCUCCUAAACCUAUUAGAUUAACUAUGGAUUCUGUUUGUAUUAUGUUAGAGAGGAAACCAAAAAAAGCACCUGAUGGAGGUGAAGACUAUUGGGAAGAGGCUGGUAAAGUAUUAAGUGAUCCUGGUAAAUUUAUUAAAAUGCUUGAAAAAUACAAUAGAAAUAAUAUUCCUGAAAAAGUUAUUACCAAAAUGACUUAAUUUUUAGAUAAAAAUAAGUAAUUCUAACCUGCUCUUAUCUCUAAGGCAAGUUAAGCUGCUGAAGGAUUAUGUCUAUGGGUUUUGGCUAUUUAUAAAUUCCAUUUUGUUUAUAAAGAAAUUACACCUUUGAGAGAAGAAUUUGAAAAAGCUUAGUAAUCUUUAAAAAUUGCUUAAAAUGAACUUGCUGCUAAAUAAUAAUUAUUAUAAGAAGUUGAAGAAAAAUGUUAAGAAUUAAGAGAAACUUUUGAAAAUGAAAAUUUCUAAAAACAAAAACUUAAGGCAUAAAUUUAAGAUUGUGAAAUCAAAUUAAAAAGAGCUUUAGAAUUAACUAGCGGUUUGGCUGGAGAAAAAAAUAGAUGGAAAGAAGAAUCAAUUAAGUUAUCAAAUAAUAUCAAAUCACUUUUAGGUGAUAUGUUAUUAUCUGUUGGAUAUUUAUCAUACAUGGGAGCAUUUACUAUAUCAUUUAGAAAAACAAUCUUAAAUAAAUGGUAACAAAUUAUCAAAGAGUAAAAUGUACCCAUUUCAGAAUCAUAUUCUUUACUUGAUUGUCUAAGUACACAAUUUGAAUUGCAAGAAUGGAUACUGUGUGGCUUACCUUUAGAUGAUUUCAGUAAAGAAAAUGCUAUCAUAAUGUAAAAGGCAGAUAGUUACCCUUUAAUCAUAGAUCCUCAAGGUUAAGCAAAUAAAUUCAUACAAAGAAAAGAGAAAAAAAUAAAUGAAUCUAACUUUAAAGUUGCAAAAUAAGAUAGAUAUUUAGGAAAUAUAUUGGAAACAGCAGUUAGGGAUGGCUAAAUUUUACUUAUCUAAGGUAUUGAAUAAUAAUUAGAUCAAAUAUUGGAUCCAGUUUUAAGUAAAUAAUAUUAAAUUGCAAAUGGGAAACCUAUGUUAAGUAUAGGUGGUAAUCAAGUUUAUGUUCAUCCUGGAUUUAGAUUAUAUUUAGUUACUUCAUUAUCUAAUCCACAUUAUACUCCAUCUAUUUUGACUAAAGUGACUUUAAUUAACUUUACUAUUACUUAGGAAGCCUUAAAAGAUUAAAUGACAUCAAUAUUAGUAAGAGAAGAAGAUGCUUAAUUGGAAGAUGAAAAAAUUAGAAUAAUGAAUGAUAACAAUUAUUACAAAUAAAAAAUGAAAUAGAUAGAAUCUCAAAUUCUAGAAAUGUUAUCUAAAACUGAAGGUUCAUAAAUGCUAGAAGAUGAAGCAUUAAUAUUAUAAUUACAAUAAUCAAAGAUUUUAUCAGAAGAAAUCACAUUAAGAUUAAAAGAAGCAAAAUAAACAGAAGAUCGUAUUAAUCAAAAUAGAUUACAUUAUGAUCUUUUAUCUACAUUUGCAUCUCAUUCAUAUUUCUCUAUUUUGAAACUUAAUUAUUUAGAUCCUAUGUAUGUAUUCUCAUUAGAAUUCUAUUAAAGAAUAUUUAAAAAGGCAAUAAGAAUUGCAGAAAAACCACACUAAAAAAAUAUUAAAUAAAGAAUUGUAUUUAUUACUGAAUCAUUAAAAAGAGUUGUAUUUUAAGAGAUUAGCAGAUCUAUAUUUGUGAAACACAAGAAUUUGUUUUCAUUUAUGUUAUUGAUAACUUGGUAUAAUAGUAAUAAUCUCAUUAAUAAUAAUGAAUUAUAAUUUCUAUUGACAGGAUCUGUUUUGAAUGGAGAAGAAUUUAAUAUAGAAAAUCCAGAUCCAACAAUUUUCACUUAGAAUUAAUGGGAAAUGUUAAAGAAUUUACAUUCUAUCAUUCCUGGAUUAUAAAUAACAAAUAGCCAAUCAAUGAUUUCAUAUUUAGAUGAUCCAUAAAAAAAUCCAAUUCCUGAAUAAAUCAAACAUUUAUCAACCUUUUAAAGAUUAUUACUAAUAAGAGCAGCUAGACCAUAAUUAUUUGGUUAUUAUAUGAGAGAAUUAAUAGCUGAAGAUUUAGGGUAGUAUUUCACUUAAAAUCUACUAUUUGGAUUAUAAGAUAGUUUCGAAGAUAGUGGAACAACUAUUCCAUUGAUAUUUGUAUUGUAACCUGGAGAUGAUCCUUAAGAAGAAGUUAAGAAGUUUAGUUUUGAAAGAGGAAAAGUAUUGACUUUUGUAUCUUUGGGUAAAGGACAAGGUGAAAAUGCAACUAAUUUAAUUAUGGAAUCUUUGGCUUUGGGUUAAUGGGUCAUAUUAUAAAAUUGUCAUUUAGCAAUUAGUUGGUUACCAUAAUUAGAUAAUUUAUUAUAAAAUAUAAAUAGUGAAUUACAUAAAAAAGAGAAAGAUAAAUUGAUGAAAAUCAAUACAGAAUUUCGAUUAUGGAUGACUACAAUGAGUACUCCUUCAUUUCCAUAACAAUUAUUGAUGGAUGCUGUAAAAAUGACAAAGGAUCCACCUAAAGGAGUCAAGGAUAAUAUUUAAUAAAUUUAUAUGAAUUAGAAUAGUUCAAAGAAUGAAAAGAAAUUCUAUGAAAGUUGUGGUGAGAAAACAUAAGAAUUUAAGUAAUUUUAUCUAGCAUUAUGUUAUUUCCAUGCAAUUGUUAGAGAAAGAAGAAGAUAUGGACCUGUUGGAUGGAAUAUUACUUAUGAUUUUAAUGAUUCUGAUUUUAGAAUAUCUAUUCGUCAAUUGAAAUAAAUGCUUAUGGAUUAUUAAGAAAUUCCAUUUACAGCAUUAAUUUAUUUAACUGGUGAAUGUUAUUAUGGUGGUAAAGUCACUGAUGAUUGGGAUAGAAGAUGUUUAAGAGUUCUAUUAACAACAUUCUAUAGAAUGGAUAUCUUUUAUGAAAAUUAUAAAUUCAGCCCUAUCCAAGAAUAUUGUAUACCAGAAGCUUAGCAAUUAAAUACCUUAGAAUAAGCUAUUGAAUUUAUUAAUCAAUUACCUGAGACCUCAUCCCCAGAAUUAUUUGGGUUACAUUCCAAUGCAUCUAUAACUCAAGCUUAAUUGGAAACUAAACAUAUUUUAAAUUGUCUUUUAGAUGUUGGUUUGGUAGAAUAAGGAGCUGAAGAGAAUAUAGAUAAAAAUAAAUUAUUAUUAGAGAAGGCUCAAAGUCUACUAAUUCUUAUUCCUAAACAAUUUGACAUUAAUGUAGUUUAAGAGAAAUUCAAAAUUGAAUAUUAUGAAAGCAUGAAUACUGUCUUAUUGUAAGAAAUAUUGAGAUACAAUAAUUUAUUAAAUAUAUUAUAGAAAUCAUUGCAGGAUUUGAUUAAAGCUGCAUAAGGUUUGAUUGUCAUGAGUCAAUAAUUAGAAAAAAUGGGAGAAUGCUUGCUUAAUAAUAUUCUACCAGAAUUAUGGAAAUAGAAAUCAUAUCCAUCAUUAAAGAGUUUAAACAAUUAUCUUUAAGAUUUAUAAUUACGUGUAGAUAUGUUCAAUAAAUGGAUAUAAUAGGGAACUCCAACUAUCUUUUGGUUACCUGGAUUUUAUUUCACUUAAUCAUUUUUUACAGGAGUAUUGUAAAAUCAUGCUAGAAAACAUAGAAUACCUAUAGAUUAAUUGAAAUUUGAUUUUAAGAUUGAUAUUAAAGAAGAAGAAGGAAUAAUAAUAGAUGGAUUAUAUUUAGAAAGUGGUAAAUGGAAUCAAGAAGAAUAAGUGAUAGAUGAACCUGUUAAUGGAGUCAUUUAUUAAAAUUUCCCAAAGGUAUUAUUUUACAAUAUAAUUUUAGAUUUAAUUAUUACCAAAAUAGAACUUCAUUGAAAAUCAAGAAGAUUACAUUUGUCCUGUUUAUAAGACUCUUGAUAGAAGAGGUACCUUAUCAACAACAGGACAUUCUACUAAUUUCGUAUUUUUUUUAUUUAUUAUUUAAGAUUAUUUCCAUUCCUAUAAAAACUUAAUUAAGUGUUAGCCAUUGGGUUAAGAGAGGAACUGCUUUAGUAACAUAAUUAAAUGAAUGA